AAGUCGCGAGCAGAAAUAACAAAACAGCGCGUCAUGACAUGUCCCGAGGCUGGACAGAUUCCAGCCUGUGGAUUAUAUAAUUAGACGAGCAACAGGCAUUGGCUUUGAGAGACUGACAGACCCCAGUACUGCUCACACGAGGGCAGCUGUUUGCUUUUUUUAGGUGUCAACUUGCGAGUUUCUAUCCAAAUUUUGCGUUAGGAUGGCUGGUUUGGGCAAGCUGCGCGUCGCUGUCAUCGGGGCCGGGGCUGCGGGACUGUGCGCGGCGCGUCACCUUCUAUCCCGCCCCGACACAUUCGCACCACCGGCAGUGUACGAGCUCACCGAGAAGGUUGGAGGAACGUGGGUCUAUGAGGAAAGAGUGGGAUGUUACGACAGUGGUUUACCCAUCCACAGCAGCAUGUACAGGGACCUCAGAACCAAUAUACCCAAGGAGGUGAUGUCUUUUCCUGACUUUCCUUUUGCAAAGCAUCUUCCCUCUUUUGUCCAUCACACUGAGGUACGGAAGUACCUUGAGCAGUACUGUGAUCAUUUUGGCCUGUGGGACCACAUAAAGUUUGGCACCAUGGUGGCCUCAGUGACUCCAGUAGAAGUAAAGGGUGGUUGGAAUGGGCUGGCUUGGAAUGUCACUACCAACGAUGGCUUAGACCACAGCAAAUCCAUUACGGAGCGAUUUGAUGCUGUUAUGGUGUGUAAUGGACAUUUCUAUGACCCUUACAUCCCUUCAAUACCUGGACUGGAAAAAUUCAAAGGCACUCUGAUGCACAGUCAUGAUUACCGUAGUGCUGAAACUUUGGCGGGAAAGUCAGUGGUGCUACUGGGAGCUGGUCUCUCUGGGUUAGACGUUGCCAUGGAGCUCGCAAAUGUUGAUGCUAAGGUUAUUCUAAGUCAUGGACAGCGCCCUUUGACCUGCCCUCUUCCUUCAGGAGUCCAGCAGGCUCCUCCGGUAACCGCUGUACUAGAUGAUGGCUCUGUGGAGUUCAAAGAUGGUGAAAGGUCCAAGCCAGAUGUGUUCCUGUUCUGUACAGGCUACAACUUCACUUUUCCUUUUCUGGAUGAGAAAGUGGGUGUUAGAGUCCAAGAGCAUCUGGUCUGGCCACUCUAUAAGUUCCUAAUACCUCCAGCCUACCCAUCACUCUUUAUAGUUGGCAUCUGCAGAGCUAUAUGUCCCUUCCCACAUUUCCACAUUCAGUCUCAGUUCGUCCUGUCAGUGUUGGAUGGUUCUUUCCCGCUUCCGUCACGUCAAGAGAUGGAGAGAGACAUUGAACAGGACAUUGCCGCCCGCCGUGCCCGUGGGAUUGCCACCCGCCAUAUCCUUAAACUGGAUUCUGAGCAGUGGGCCUACAAUGAUGAGCUUGCCCACCUGGGAGGAUUCCAACCCCUCCCACAAUAUUGGAGCAACCUUUAUGAAUCCAACAAAAUGUUCCGUGCUCGAGACAUGCUCAAUUACAAGACCUAUAACUACACCGUCUUUGACAACAAGGAGUGGAAGGUGCAUGAUUUGCGUGGCCAGCAGUUGCAGAAACCUCUGGCGGUUAAAAAAUUAAUCUAGGCUCUUUUCAUCAUUCAGGUGCUGGCAGGCAUGUUGCAGUGUAACUAGUUAUAUUAGGAUAUUAACAAAUUGUUCAGUAUUCUUCUAAUAUGUUUUGUUUUAUAGUUUUAAAAAUUUCUAACCAUACUUUUUGUAUUUUUAUAAUAAGUCCCCAUACAAAAAUUAUGAAUUAAAUCAUUUUGUUCUAUUCCAAAUAAUAACAGUUAUGUUUCUGGUCUUAUUUGUAAUAAGCACACAAUAAAAGUGUAGAACAAGCUGCUUUUCAAGUAAUA